GGAUAACAUUUUUUUGAGUUCUUAUAUUUUUAUUUUGAAUUUCCACGUCUCUUCACUGCAAUUUCAUUUUCUCUACCUAAAUUCAACCAACAUAAAAUUUUGAUUCAGAUUAUUCACAUACUAUCAAUAACAUUCAAUCAAAAAACACAUAUAUAUAAUAUAAUAAUAAUAAAAAAGCUUCCCUCUCACUCCAUCUACGACCAAUUUGUCCUCUGCAAUCGAAAAUUUUUGUUCGUUUUUUUCCUUUUCCGCAUAGGUUUUCUCGCCCGCGAUCAGCCGGAUUGAAGAAUUUUCCGAUCGUUUGAUAUCGAUUAUUGAUGGAUUGGAGUAACGUGACGGCGGAGGAUCUGGUGGAGGCGUUGCGAGAAGUGGACUGGUCGUCGCCGCCGCGUCCGUUCUCGGAAUUCUUCUCCCGAUUCACCGUGCCCCGCUCCCAAGCCAAAUGGAGCAGUCGCCUCAAGUGCAAUCUCUACUACUACAGGACUAAUUAUUUCUUGAUGAUCAUUUUCAUUCUCGGGAUGGGAUUUCUUAGGAGGCCGCUUGCUAUUGUUGCUGCACUGACGACUGCUACGAGUAUAGCAUUUCUGAAUGAUAGUUUUGCAGCUACUUUCAGUGAAAAAAUCACAAGAUCUGUCCGGCAGUUUUCUCCCCAUUUAGCUGCUAAACUUAGAGCUCCCCUUGCGCCUGUUAUUCGGGGGCGCCCUUCUACAAAACGAGCAAUAUUUAUAUGUGGACGGCCUCGAUGGGUAUUUGUUUUGGCAUUUUCUGCAGUUAGUAUCUUCCUAUGGAUUGUUUCUUGUGGUGCUCUUAUGGUCUUGUGGGCACUUGCCAUUGGCCUUCUUGCCACAGUGCUUCAUGCAAGCUUUAGGACACCAAACCUGAAAGCUCGUCUGAACACAUUCCGUGAAGAAUUCCGUGCUGUUUGGCGCAAUUAUAGUGAGCUGUAGCAUGGCUGAGCAAAUGUUGGCGAUUGGUGCUGUCUACAAAGAUAUCACCGGCUUUCCCCGCCGCAUGAAUUUCCCACAUGCCAACUGCUGAUUGUGGAAGCAGAGACUGCUACGGUCUCCAGAUUAGUAGGAUGCUGUAAAUUUCUUUAGUUCCUUGUUUAGUAAAUGGACAUCUUAAUAAUUUGAUUUUUGAGAAAUAUUUGAGGCUAUAUUUCAUACAGUGAAUUGAGAGCAGUCUAAUGUUUGAUUUUGGGAAGUAUAUGUGUAUGCAAGCAGUUUAAUACAAUAAUUAGGCUUAUUGUUAUCAAACUGCACUUUAUUUAUAUUCUCCAAUAGAGUAAAAAUGUUUUGUUGUUUU